AAAAGUUUGCCCACCCCUGCUAGGGGCUCAAGGGAGAGAGUCUUGUUCCAGGUUGUGGCUUUAUUUCUGAUCUUCUCAGUGAAAGCUUUGCUAGGGCCAGUCCUCCUAAAAUCACAGCUUUCUUAUAAGACUUGUUGCUAUGUGUCUCACCCUACCAUUUCAGAAAAAUGUUUGUUGGUCACCUGAGCUGGGAUACCAGCAAAAAGGACCUAAAGGAUUAUUUUACCAAGUUUGGAGAGGUCGUUGACUGUACAAUAAAAAUGGAUCCCAACACUGGCCGGUCAAGAGGAUUUGGGUUUAUUCUCUUCAAAGAUGCAGCUAGUGUGGAGAAGGUCCUCGACCAGAAGGAGCACAAGCUGGAUGGCCGUGUCAUUGACCCCAAAAAGGCUAUGGCCAUGAAGAAGGAGCCUGUAAAGAAAAUUUUUGUGGGGGGUCUGAAUCCUGAAGCCACUGAGGAGAAAAUCAGAGAGUACUUUGGCGAGUUUGGGGAGAUCGAGGCCAUUGAUCUUCCAAUGGAUCCAAAGUCAAACAAACGACGAGGUUUUGUUUUCAUCACUUUUAAAGAAGAGGAAGAACCUGUGAAGAAGGUUCUAGAGAAAAAGUUCCACACCAUCAGUGGAAGUAAGUGUGAAAUCAAGGUGGCUCUGCCCAGAAAAGUCUAUCAACAGCAGCAGUAUGGCUCUGGGGGCCGUGGAAACCGCAACAGAGGGAACCGAGGCAGUGGUGGUGGCGGUGGAAGUGGAGGAGGUCAGAGUCAGAGUUGGAAUCAGGGCUACGGCAACUACUGGAACCAGGGCUACGGCUACCAGCAGGGCUACGGGCCCGGCUAUGGCGGCUACGACUACUCGCCCUAUGGCUAUUACGGCUACGGCCCCGGAUACGACUACAGUCAGGGUAGUACGAAUUACGGGAAGAGCCAGCGACGUGGUGGCCAUCAGAAUAACUACAAGCCAUACUGAGGCUUCGGCAAGAGUGCCCGUCUGACCGCACACGCUUUGUUUGGAUAUUGAGUGAACACAAACAAUUAUGUACCAAAUUUAACUUGGCAUACUUUCUAUGGCCUGUCCCAUGUGCAUCUUAUUUAAAAUUUCCCCCCUGGAAAUCACUCUCUUGUUUACUAUUUCCAGAGCUCUAGUUGUUUUAGGCAGCGUGUGGUGUCUCAGAGGCCAGAGCGGCUUUGUGGGCUGAUUUUAUUACCGGGUUACCCAGAACCAGGUGGGAGGGUCAGUUUCCUGCUGCCGCUCUGCAUCCUGGACCUGUGGACCCUGGUUGUAAAAAAGUCUAUCUUAGGAAACCAGUGUCACCUUUUUUCACCUUUUAAUUUUAUAUUAUUUGUGUCAUACAUUUCCUGUAAUGGAAGUGUUAAUUUUACUGUACUUUUUGGUACCUUUUGGGAAUCUAAUGUAUUGUAAGGUAUUUUACACGUGUCCUGAUUUUGCCACGACCUGGAUAUUGAAGCUAUCCAAGCUUUUGAAAUAAAAAUGUAAAAACCCCUAA